AUGGAACUGUUGAAAUCACCAUCAGAAACAAUCAGUAUGUUUUGGGAAAAAAACAAUGGAGCUAUCCUAUACAAAGAAAGAUAUCCAAUGCUGAUCUCACAUAUACAAAAGCUUCUGGUGUCUAACCCAAAAACCUGGGCUAAAAGGAUGUUAAUCAUUUUUGAAGAGAUUGAAGCAAAGAGAGAUACAAUAGAUCCUUGCAAACAGAUCACACUAUUUCAAAUCUUGAUUCAAAUGAUCAAGAUUUACAAGUUGCCUAUCAAUUUUAUGCUUGUUGUUUGGGCUGAGUCUGUCAAAAUCAGUGAGGUGGUUAAUAUUUUUGGUGAUAAUAUACCACAAUCAAGCCUCUGGGAGGAUAAAUCACUAUGGAACAAUGAGUUGGCAAAGACAGAGGCAUGUUAUCGGGAUGAAAUUAUAAAGCUGACCAAGAAACUGAGCCCAGGAAGAGAACUUUUGGAGUUUGUGGCCAUGCAAGAAAACCAUGCACCUUAUGGAAUAAAAUUGACAGAUGAUUGGACACCUGAAGAACAAAAGGAUUUGUUUGAAUUUUGGAUGACUAAACGAAUCUUACCAUUUUGGAUCACAUUAGACCCAAGAUUAAAAAACAUUUUGGAAACUCAAUUUGUUCAGACUUCUUUAAUUAAAGUACUUCAAAACUUUCCUGAUUGUCAUCUUAAAAUUGGAUGUGGAUUCAAGCAUUGGGCAGAAACACAAUUGAGAGAUCAAUCAAAGACUGUAUUGCAGUACAUCAAUUCAUUGGAUGGUGGCUUCAAUUGUGGUCAUUCAUACAUGUUUGACCUGGUCCAAGAACUCUACCCACCUUAUGGGUUGAAGCUAAACCAAGCAAUCACAUCAACACAACGAAUAGAGAUUGUUAAGUUUUGGGCUACUCACAUUGUGAUAUUCACAAGAAUGAAAUCAUUCGGAGAAACAGAAGACUUAAAUGAAGCUAUCAACCUCUUGGUGAUAAACAACUUUGAUGAGACAAGUGAAAUUAUGAAGACAUUCCUUGAGAAUGAGAAUGCUUUUGAUGAAAAUACUUCAAUUCUUGCUCAAUUUUUGGCAUCUUUCAUAAACAUCACCAAGGAUAAGGCACAAGAGGAAAUUUCAUAA